ACAGAACCCAAAACGAUCCUAGAAAAGCCACCAUCAUGGGCAGCGCUGUAUCCUCCGACGUCAUCGGCAAGACGGACGAUGCGAUCUUGGUCAACAUCUUGAAGGAGGCCAUGAAGAAGGAUCCGGCGCGCGUCGACCGCCUCAUCGCCGAGGCCAAGAGCGCUCUUCGCGCCGACUCGUUUGGCAGCGUUGCAGCGCCCAACGUAGCCGUCGACUCUACGGCGCCUGAAGCGACGCUCGACACGAUGGCGGUCAGCGUUGCCGCCGAGAUCAACGCGCUGCGUACCAACCCCAGGGGCUUCGUCGCGCACUGCGAAGAGAUGCUCAAGCACUUUGAGGAUAAGAUCCUCACGAUUCCUUCCGAGAGCAUUCGACUACAGACCGACGAAGGCGCGACCGCCGUUCAAGACUGCAUUGCCUUCCUCAAGCAACAGACCGCGCUGCUGCCGCUCAUGCUCGAUGGGAAUCUCUCCAAGGCUGCGCAAGACCAUGCAGCAGACCUCGGCGACCACGGCACCGUGAGCCAUACGGGGCAAGAUGGCAGCUCGAUGGUGCAGCGCCUCGAUCGAUAUGGCGAGUGGAAGGGCUCCGUGGGCGAGCUCUUGGCGUUCGGGCUCUCCAAGCCGCGCAAUAUCGUGCUGCAGCUACUCAUUGACGACGGUGUUCCGAGCCGCGACGACCGUUUGAGCCUCCUCGAUGCCAAGUUUACGACGCUCGGCGUCGGAACGAGUAUGCACAAGUUUCAAAAGUCGGUGUGCGUCCUCGACUUUUCCGGCGGGUUUGGGCCUCUCGUCGAGAAGCUCAAGGAGCCCAAGCAAGUGACGGUCAAGGGCGAAUUGACACCCGACGUCGAACUCAUUCUGCAGAGCAUUCCGUUUGAGGAGCUCAAGAUCGAAGUCCGCGACAUCCUCGCGCACUCGCCGACGCAAACCGUCGGCCUCAACUACAAGCCUGGCUCCAUUGAGGUGAUGGUGACGAACCCAGAUGGCUCGAGCCAAAUCAAGUCGGGCACGUGGGGCGUCGCUGCGCCGCCGGCGUCGACGUGACGAACUCUGGAGACGUCGAGUGCGACACUAGUCAACGAAGAAGGCCAUUAAAUAACUCAUUUCAACGAAGCACCAAGUCGUACGGACGCUGGCGACUGCGGAUGACGUGUCUACCGGGCGAAGAAACGACGUGGCCGCCUGUCG